UAAGAGCCGUGAGGGGGAAGAGAGAGGGGGCGGAACCGAGAAGAAACCCUCGCGGCGGCGGAGUAGGCGGCGGCGGCGAUUAUGCCGGCGGAGGGGACGAGGAUGGCGGGGCUGUGGGAGCGGGAGGUCGGCCGCCUCCCGCCCAAGCGCUUCGCCAACGCCGUCAUGGCCUCCAAGGACUUUGUGCAGUCUCUUAGUAUCCACAAGAGGCUGCGGAAGCACAGGGGCUGUGUCAACACCAUAAGCUUCAACAGCAGCGGGAGCUUGCUCCUGUCCGGGUCGGACGAUCAGUACAUCAUGCUGUGGAACUGGGAAAAGGGGGAGCCGACCUUGAAGUUCUACACCGGCCACGAUAACAAUGUGCUGUAUGCGCAGUUCAUGCCCUUCUCGGAUGAUCGAAGCAUUAUCUCGUCUGGUGCCGAUGGGCAGGUGAGGCACUCGCAAAUACAAGAAGGGGGGUGUGUCCUUACGCAUAAGUUUGCUGAAAUGGACUAUGCGGUCCACAGGUUGGCUGUUCAGCCUGGAAAUCCUCAUACGUUCUUUAGCUGUGGGCAAGAUGGUGCUGUGUGGUCUUUUGACGUACGGGAGAAAGAGGCCACUGAGCUCUUUAAAUGUGGGGCGAUUCAUGAUUCACCAUUCUAUGCCAUCGAUCUCUAUUCUAUUGCCGUCGACCCAAGAAAUCCAUGUUACUUUGCAGUUUCCGGAUCUGAUGAGUAUGUAAGGUUAUAUGAUACACGUAAGAGUUAUCUCAACGGGGAUUCUAAAUUUGGUUGCCCGGUUGAGCACUUUUGCCCUCCGCAUAUGAUUGCGGAAAACAAAGAUGGAAUAACUGGUUUGGCUUACUCCCAGACCGGGGAGCUACUGGCAUCCUAUAGUUAUGAAAACAUCUACAUUUUCGAGAGAGAGCAUGGGUUGCACUUCAACAAUUUUGAGGUAGGCGAAAAACUCUUGAUGGAUGCGACUGUAGAAUCCUCAUUACUUUGUGGAGAGAAGAAGUUGCCUGUACCUCAGACUUUCGUCGGACACAAGAACAUGAAGACCAUUAAGGGUGUUAACUUCCUUGGUCCCAAUUGUGACUAUGUUACCUCUGGAUCAGACUGUGGCAAUGUAUUUAUUUGGAGAAAGAAGGAUGGGGAGCUUAUGCGUGUGAUGAGAGGAGAUAAACGGAUUGUGAACUGUGUUGAACAGCAUCCAUCUGAGAUUGUUAUUGCAAGCAGUGGUAUUGAUUCGAGCAUCAAGAUUUGGGCACCUGGUGAAAGUGAAAACACCUCCGAUGAUGAGAUUUUCACAGAUCUUGAUCUCUCCGGUAGCACAAGCGAUUCUGAUGGCCCUGAUUACAUGGAUGAACCUAUAUUUUCCUAUGGUUUUGAUACCUCUGAUGACGAUGAAGAUGUGGAUGACAUUGAAGGUGACGACGAAGAGUAUGGGGAAGAAGAGACAACUGGAGAUGGAAGUGAGGAAGAUGAUGAGGGCGGCAGCAAAGACAUGAACGAGGGCGACGGCGAAGGCAUGAAUGAGGGCGACGAUGAAGGCAUGAAUGAUGACUGAUGGGAGAGCCAUUGUGGCGAGGAUAUAGAUUGUGUUCUGCAAUGAGGUCAUUAUUUGUCGCCUAGUUUCCUGAGAGCUGAUCAAUGAUCAUAGGACUCCUAACACUUCGAAGAUGGGAGUGUGCUUGGAUAGGUGGGGUGCAAAUUAGUUCACUCUUUAGUGUUUCCUUUCUCUAUGAUAGCUUUUUUGUGUAUAUAUUCUCUAUUCUCUAGCACAGUUUUUUUUUCUGGUUCCGACUGAUGUCCUCUAGGGAAUGCCGUGCUGUAAAUGGUUCUGAGAGCACUGCUAAAUAGUGACUGACAAUAGAUGAACAAUUGUGAGUAGAGGCCAAUAGAUUCAACUUAUCUCAUUUCUGAUCA